UGUUCGUUUUCAGAAGCACAUUAAUUCGCGUUCCUGUAAGACAUUGUACUCUUUUGUCUGAAUUAAUGGAUCCGUUUAGAGGACAUUAACCUCCCACGGAGAGUAAACUUCCUUGUUGAAUUCUAACCACGGCCUUUUCGUGCCCAUUUUGAGUCCAUUUGUCUUUUAAUACGUUUCACUUAAACACAGAACAUAUUACUUUAGGCUGGACAAAGGCACAUAAAUCCGAAAGCUCUCGAUAAAUAUGGGACAUUCUUUUAUUUCCGCACAAUAGCACAGGAAUUGGGGUCCAGCGCAAUCAGCGUUCGCACCUUGUUAACACCGCCAUUAGCUUUCCUUUACAUUCACUGAUUGUUGAUUUACAUUUGCGACUUAAUGGCAUCUUUUAUAGCUGUUGUUCGAGGGCUUAGACACACACCGUCUCCCUGCGAUGUUCGGUGGUUUGAUAUAAAACGGCGCAAACCCCCGAUUAGUCCCUCAGUCACCCAUCUGCACAGCAGCCGGAGCAGCUGACCUCAAGCCACCAUGUUCACUGUCCUGAUCAUCGGAGCGCUGCUCGCCGGCGCCUUCGCCAGGCCAUCUGCGAAUUACUUGGAAAACGACUUUGGUGCCGGGAGCGAUUCGGAGGGGGUGCGAUCCGAGGCUCUGAGGAGGCUCCUGGAGGUGUUCGGCAUGGAGGACCCGCCUCACGCCAGGGGCCACGUGCAGCCCCCCCAGUAUAUGGUCGAUCUGUACAACACGGUUGCAGACGUGGACGGAGUUACCAAAGAUCCUAACCUGCUGGAGGGAAACACCGUUCGGGGCUUCUUCGACAAACUUCGCAGCGAGGAAAUCAAGUUCAUGUUUAACUUAUCAACGGUGUCUAAAAGCGAGAAGGUGCUGGCCGCUGAGCUUCACCUCUUCAAACUGCGCCCGCAGUCCGUGCAGACCUUCAGCAGACACCACUUUUGCCAGGUGAGUGUUUACCAGCUUCUGAAUGGCAGAAAGAUGGAUUCAACACUGGACAAGAGGUUGCUGUCCUCGAGGCUGAUGCCCAUUCAUUCCAGCGGUUGGGAAGUAUUUUCCAUCACACAAGCAGUGCGCUCCUGGAUGUCCGACGAAGGCAGUAAUCUGGGCCUGCUGGUCAGCAUCCGAGGUCUGGGGGGCUACCAGCUGGACCCCUCCCUGGUACGCUUUGCGUCAGGGCGCAGCCACCACCAAAGCAAGCAGCCCAUGCUGGUGCUGUUCACAGACGACGGGCGCCGCACCCCAACGCAGGAGGGCACACUGAAUGAUCACAGUGGCUCCCCCCUCCCUGUCCCAUCUAGGGAGCCACGGGUUGUCCGCUCGCUUGACGAGGAGCUGCCACAGGGGGCGCCGUGCCAGCGCCUUCCACUCUAUGUGGACUUUGAGGAGAUCGGCUGGUCUAGCUGGAUUGUGUCGCCAAGGGGCUACAAUGCUUACCACUGCAAGGGCUCCUGCCCCUUCCCGCUGGGCCAGAACAUGCGGCCCACGAACCACGCCACAGUGCAGUCCAUCAUUAACGCCCUGAAGCUCACCCGGGGCAUCGACACGCCCUGCUGCGUACCCGACAAGCUGUUCUCCAUCAACCUGCUCUACUUCGACGACGACGGCAACGUGGUGCUCAAACAGUAUGACGACAUGGUGGCAGGAAGCUGUGGAUGCCACUAGGGGACCUCACCAUCAGCCCCUCCACUUCACACCUCAUUGGCUACUGGGAAGCCACGCCCCCUCAGGGGUCCAGUACUCCAAUAGUUGCAGGGUGGGUAGAGGAGCCACCCCUCAUGGUGUACUUGAUUGGCCAAAAAUGAGAGAAGGUUGGGUUUCCUUAAGCAGACAGCACUGCAGGAGGAGAAAGGGGAGUUCAGCUGAGGAAAACCUGGCCCUUUGACCACAGACACUCCCAUGUACCCUGGGAAAAGCCCUGAUUGCAUCUCCCACUGUAAAAUAUGUAAAUAGCUAAAAAUCAUAAUAUAUG